GCGGACGCGAUUGCAGCCCACUGACAUCCACGCGGAUACUGUUUGAUUGAAAUAGUUUUUUGUGUUUGAUCAUUUUAAAUUUUCACUUUUUUUUGUUGAUAAAUUCUCCUCAAACGUUUUUCUUCAACGAAGAGGUUCAAUAUAUCACUGUCUGCAUUCUUUUUUGUUAAAUCAAAGUGCACCGUGACCUGGCUCCCUGGCUGGCCCACUUGUGACUGGGGAAGUGGUUUGGCACGCCUUCUCUGUUGAAGGAGGCAGGUUUACAUCGUCACUCUGUCCCGUGUCUCGGAUUCAAACGCUUGGCCCGCACUGAGGCUGAAGCGCAACUCAACAGUUCCCACAGAACAAUGGGAACCGGAUCAGAAAUGAAUAUGCAGCACUGUUCUGGAGGAUUUAUGGCAAAAGGGGAGAUUCCAAUUUAAUUAUUCGAAGUCAACUUCAACCAAAGUCCCGUUGAUUUAUCAUUCAACUUUUGGCAAACCCUGGGGAUUUCUGAGUGCCAAGGUUUUCCAAGGGAAGCGUACAGUCGGUGGAUUUGUGGACUGACUUUUUCCAAGCAGGAAUAUGGCCACUGUACGGCUCGAUUACGUUGCUCCGUGGUGGACAUACUGGCUGCACAAUUUUCCACACUUCAAUUUCGUAUUUGAGUCGGUUGACAACACUUUCAAACCGGAGGAGACGAGCUAUCAGCAGUCUCUGAUAUUACUAGCAGGUGUCGGAGCAGUUGGUUUGGGUCUCAGCCUGCUGCUUCUGGCCGCAUACCUGACCCUCCUGUGUUUGGCGUAGGACAUAGACGAAGACACCAAAAGGCCAAACAACUGCUGUGUCACUUGGGCUGCUAUCAUCACAGGCCUCAUCAUAUGUUCUGCUGUGGGAGUGGGUUUCUAUGGAAACAGUGAGACCAACGACGGGGUGUACCAGCUGACCUACUCGCUCUACAAUGCCAAUCACACAUUGGGUGGCAUCAACAAUCUGGUAGCUGGGUCCGUGGGUAAUGUAGAAACUGGACUCAAACUACACCUGGAACGUCUGGAUGAAAUCUUUGCCACAAGGUCUGACUACCUUCAGUCUCUGCGCUUCAUGCGGCUUAUGAUCAAUAACGUCAUCCGCGAGCUGACUGCCCUGCCGGAUAUCAACAAAGCCAAUGUUGACUUGGCAGCCAUUGCUGACCAAACUGCCUUCAUUGAGUAUUACAGAUGGCUCGCCUUCCUGCUGCUGCUGAUCACGGAUCUGGUCAUCUGCCUGGCCAUUUGCUUGGGGAUGGCCAAGCAGUCUCGAUGGUUGCUAAUCAUGUACGUGCUUUUGAGUGAUUAUGGUUUUGUAGCGCUCUCUCUGAUCCUGAGCUGGGCAUCGUUUGGAGUGGGUGCUGCUACAGCUGUGGGCACCAGUGACUUCUGCGUGUCUCCGGACAAAUUCAUUGUGAACCAAACCAACGAUUUCAUCAGCGCAGAUGUUGCACACUAUUAUCUAUUCUGCAGUCCGAAUCUACCAAACCCCUUCCAACAGUCUAUAACAACCUGCCAGCGCUCUCUGACCACCAUGCAAAUCCAGAUCCAGGGCUUGCUGCAGUUCUCCUUGCCUUUCUUUCCCACGGCCGAGAGAGACCUUUUGGGGAUCCAGCGGGUGUUGAACACCACAGAAUUCAGUGUGCACCAGCUAACAGCCCUGCUCGACUGCCGAGGGCUGCAUAAGGACUACCUGGAUGCUCUCAUGGGUGUGUGCUACGAUGGAGUAGAAGGGCUCCUCUACCUGUCUUUGUUUUCCUUGCUGGCUGGCUGCGCACUUUCUGCCAUGCUGUGUGCGAUUUUCAAAGUGUGGACACUAAUGGCCAGCAGGGACAAAGAGUAUGACGACAUAGAUGAGGAGGACCCUUUCAACCCGCAGGCUCGCCGGAUGUCCUACAACCCCAGAAGGUCCAACAUCCACAGUUUCUGUAGCUACGCCAGCAGCAUCGGGAGUCAGGCCACUCUCCAUCCACCUCCGCAAACUGCUGCUAAUGUCAUGCCGGCUCCUGAGUACAUGAAUCAGAACAUGCUGUUCGGAGGGAGUCCUCGAUAUGAGAACGUGCCGCUGAUAGGGAGAGGAUCGCCGCCACCCUCGUACUCGCCCAGUAUGAGGACCACCUAUCUAUCUAUGACUGAUGCCCAAAUCAGACACUUUGGGACGGACUUCCAGGUGUAGCGUUCUACCCCACUAAAUCCUUCUGAGACUGUCUGAGACUCUGGGUCUUUACCGAAGAAGGCUUUCUCCAUAGCAUAAUCCUGUUUACAGGAGCUGCAGCCCGCCGUCCCAAUCUGAGACAUGAAAGCAGGCCACAUGAGGCAAUUACCUCAGUAAAUCACCGAUGCAGUGCUCUGGAGGCCCUGCAUGCAGUUUUGAACAGAGAGGGGCCUGUACAGACUAACCGGAGGACUGUUGUUGUUGUUCUUGUUGUCAUGUAUGGAAACGCUCUUUUUCCGAUGUAAGCAUUUCUUACCGUCAGAUCUCUCUUGAUUCAAAUCGAGAGCCGUUGAACUCAAUGAAUUUAAAACAUCUUCCUGCUUUAGUUUGAUGGCCUGCAUGGCUAUGAUCAUUGGUUUGGUCAUUAUUGAUGGGAGUGGAGACUUUUCAUCUCCGCAUUUUGAUUCUCUGGUAGUGAUAUGAUUACAUCAUAUUUAAGCCUUUCUUUAAUCUUUAAUGGUUCUUUACAAAAUGAAGGACAAUGUUUUCAACUUUUCUUAAUAUUAAUAUAAAAAAAUAUCAGUGAAGAGAACCACAUAUUAAAGUUUCGGCAAAGGAUGUUUCCACGUCGAUAUUUUUGAUUAAUUAUCACA